CGGUAACAUUGAAGGAAAUGUUCGUUUUGGCAUUUGGUUGAACUUUAUAUCACAUUUUGAUGACCUUUUAUAAACAAACCAGGGUCAUGAGCUUACAAUUACAAUUUCGCUGUGUUACGAAGUGGAUAAUUUAGAUAAUGACAGGAUCUAUAGAUUUUUAAGAAGUAAAUAUGUUUCUUCGCCAACACCGAAUCUCUUGACUUUUACAAUUUUCGGUAAAUGUGAAGAGAUAGCACGGCGUUUUUUUUUUUACCUUGGUACUUGGUUGCCACGACCCGCGAACUAACUUAUGUUUUAAAGCCUAAAUGAAAAUGACACUUAAUGCGUCCCUAAAUAGUAAAUACUAAAUUGCCUAAAGUUAAAGUUAGUAAAGUAAAUAGUUGUAAACCUAACCUUAUCGCUAACCUGGGUUUUGACCCUUUUGGAACCAGGGUUUUGACCCUAUCGGAACCAGGGUGCUAUCUCUUCACAUUAGCCCAAUUUUUUUUUCUCCAAAAUAUUAAGUCUAAGUUACCACCGAUAUUAACUUGUAACCAGUACAGUUCAGUAGUAAGAUUAUUUUAGAUAAAAGAUUGAGUUUGAGUGAUUGGUCGUUAAACUCGGACUUGGGUUUAGUAAUUAGUUGGAAAUAACUUGCUGUGCCCUUUGUGGGAUAAUAAUUAAUACUAAUACUAACAAUACUAACAUACAGGGGCAACUAUGAGAGGCGAGAGGAGAUGAAUUUUACUAAUGUAAUGUUAAUAGUCAAUAGAUUAAAUGCCUAAAUUAAAUCUGUUACAUAUGAGCCCUUUAUUAUUUAUAGUUAUAGGCCUAAUAACUAAUAUUAAUAAAAUAAUAUAAUCUCUAUGAUAACACUAUAGACUAUAGUGAUUAGUGUAUAUAGUCUUAGUCUAGUUGCAAUAUCAAUAAGUGAAAGUCAUCAUCUUUUCAUGAUGGAAAGUUGUGGGCAGCAAAGCCAUAGCAUGCUAUUGUGUGCCUGUGACUAAAGGCUACCAAAGCUGCUUUUUGCAGCCUGCUCUUCCUAGGGGUUUGAAACCCCUAGGCCUAGGCAGUUCCCAUUAAGUAUAAGCAUAAUAAGGAACACUCCAACCCAAGUUUUCAUCCCAGAACAGUGUUUCUUUCAGACAAUUUGUUAGGAGGGGUUGCUUUUCAUAUGCUGGGGUGGGCAGUGCCUGUUGCGUCGGAGGGGGGGGGUGGAAAGGGUCAUCCACCCGACAACCCCAAAGCCCUUUUUUUCAUUUUUGGCCUUAUGCAGAUUUUUCAAUUUUGGAAGUGGAAGUGUUUGCAAUAAUUCAAUAAUAUGGGCCUGACCAGAGUGUCACUAACCCUAGCUAUGCCACUGGGCAGUGGAUCUAUCACCACCAAAAUUUGGCAUAAUGGCAACCAGAGCCAGAAAUAAAUCUUCCCUUUUGCCCAACAUAAACGAAAUUCAUUCCAGUUGUAGCAACCUUGACUAUUUGUUUUUAGCCCCAGCUAAGUUUCAUCCCUGGAAUCUACAUAGUCCAACAACUAUAUAUUCAAGAAAAACAAACAAUAUUUGUAGUUUCCAGAAACUCAUUACUACCAUCGGUCCAUCCAAUGUUGUUCUUUUUCUAAUUCAAAAAAAGUGGCUCCAGAGUGAAAGUGAGGAGGGGUUCACACCUCACCAGAAAGUUUUCAGAAAUUUAAAAUCUAGGUGUGCAGUGUAUAAUAGGUUUGUGAAUUUUUGUGUGACCCAGCACUGGAUUGUGACCAGGCAUUUGGGGAAAAUGCUGUCCUAGGUGAGGAUGAAGGAUUUUUUGCCACAAAGUCCAAACUGUAUCCUGUUUCACCUGCCUUUGCUUGAAUAAGAUUGAGAUCUGGCGGGAUUUCUUUUUAGAUUUUCAUUUUAAAGGGCUAUGAUUAUUGUUUACUUUUUUUCUUCAGCAUAUUUUAAAACACAAUGCACCCUGACCUUUCACCCCAUCUCCAUACAGAAGAGUGUAAUGAGGUGAUAGCUGCUCUGAAAAAGUGCCAUAAAGAUGUGAGUUAUUAAGUGUUGAUUGUUUUCAUUUAUUUUGUGAAACAAGAAGUCAUAGUAUAAUUAUAAUUAAUCAAAAUUGCUUUUAACCCAUGCCUUAAAUAAUGUUAUAAAGAUGUUAUUUUAAUUACAUUAUUUACAUUUGAAUAUUAAAAAAUGAUAUUUCAAGUGACUCUGAAACAGCAUUUAAACCUUUAAUUUUUUAAAAUUAUUUUCAGAACCCAUUCAAAAAGAUAUUUGGUGCUUGCAAUGAGCUGGACCAGGCAAUGACAAAAUGUUUGAAGCAAGAGGUAAAUUCUCUACAUUUAUCUUGACAAUCCUAUCAGGAUUGGUCAGUUUAUUUUUAACCUGUUUUAGAAAUGUAACACCUUGCAAUACUUGGACGUCUUUUAUGGAUGGCCCCUAUUCUGACUAACUCAUCAAAUCUUGAGUCAUGGAUUAUACAAAGAACUCUAAUGUUAUCAGAAAAGAGAUAAAAGAUUUUUUUUUUAAAUAGUUGGAUUUCUAGUAGUAAUAGUAAUGGUAUUAUUAAAGUAAAGUCACCAUUGUUUUUUUUUUAAUACCAUUUAUGUAAUUUUCUUUUAUUACUGACAUUAAAUUUUAAAAAAUCCAGGUGUCUGGUAAAAUGAAAAAAUAUAAUAAUCUGGAAAACAGGUUUCUCAAGAGAGUUGGGGAACAGCGAUACUAUUAUAAAUUUAAACAAAAGACAGAGAUUUUAAUAAUUUAGAAAUAGGGGUUUUGGGGUUUUCAAAGCAGAAUAGAUGGUGUGUGUCCAAAAAUGCUAUGAAACAAGUGGAGAACCCUCAGUUUCUCAUUUAUGGUUAAUCCGGUUUCCCCCUUUAAAUGCAUUCAAAUAUAUUUAUAAAAAUAAGAUGUAGCUAAGAUGUCACAUGUUAAAAGAGUCACUAUCCUAUUUUUAAAGAUUUUUUUUUCCUAAUUGAUUGUAAUUUUCCGAAAUGAAAGUACUUCUCAUUAUAAAAUUUCAGUUCACUGAGUUGAUAGCAUUAAAACUUAUGCUGAUUUCAUUCAGCUAGUUCCGUGCCCUUAAUUGAUUCAAAAAUUUACUAUGCAAUUUUGAGUUUUCUUUGACUCAUUGUUAUUUACCCACUGUUGCCUUGUGAUUCCUUAUAUAUUCUAGCAGCCACAAGGCUUGAGAGGUUGACCAUCUCUGAAAUUUCAUUUUUGUACUUUAAGAACUAAGAUUAAUCUUUAAACUUAGUAUUUCUUUCUUUUUUUUUUCCUGUGUACCAGUAAAAUCUGUAUCAUAUUUUCAUUAAUUUUUUUCAGCGAGAGUUGAAAAGGCAAAUGAAUAAAAACAAAUCCCCCCAGAGAGGACAGUUAAGUAGUCCACCAUCUUGACAUUUAGGAUGAAAGAAAUACUUGUCAUUGCCGGUACAUCACUGCUGGUGUUCUAAUGUUCAUUUUGUUAGAGCACUUACAUCAAUGAACUAAAUAAGGAAUGAUUGUCAAAUCAACGUGACUCAUGUGUAUAUAAAAUGGAUCAUUUUGGCAUACAUUUAAUUCUAAAUGUGCUAAAGUUAUCUCUGUACAAGUUCUACUUUUUUUUAAUGUACUUUACAUUGUAAAAUAAAUGUUCUGAUAACAAUUUUA